UAAAUCAUGUGUAAGUCCAAAGUUGAAUGCAAUAGUUGUGAAUAUAUCUCCUCCCAGUUACUGGUUUAGAUUGGUAGUUAUCAUCCUAUAAUUGAUCUAAUACCAAACCAAAUUAUUUUGCCCUCCUGAGUUUAUCAUUCCCUGCAUUGAUGUAAUUUUGCGUUAUAUCCUAAACAAUUCACCCUACUGAGCAUACCUACCCUAAUUUCCAAUCAUUCUUAAGCAAUUAUGCCCGAGGAGGUACGGCUAAGGGAUGUUCUUACACACGGCGCAACACGGAGUGCCUGGACACAGCCCUUAGUCGUGGUAUAUUGUCCAUAUAUCACAAACCCCUGAGGUGCCUUAUUGCUAUUAUAAACUGGUUACCAAUGUAAUUAGAGCAGUAAAAAUAAAUGUUUUGUCAUACCUGUGGUAUACGGUCUGAUAUACCACGGCUUUCAGCCAAUCAGCAUUCAGGGCUAUAAACUGGGUGGUUCGAAGCCUGAAUGCUGACAGCUGUGGUAUAUCAGACCUCCGGAUCGCGUCGUGCAUAAGAGCAGCCCUUAGCUGUGGUAUAUUGGCCAUAUACCACACCACCUCGGGCCUUAUUGUUGAAAUAACCCACAUCUGUCUGUCGACUCGAAACAUAGGGAUAGAUUGAAACGCACAGCUUCUUCCAAAACCCCCAAAUAUCUCCAAGUGGCAAGCUUGACGCCCAUAACCCCUUACCACAGAUCUAGGGUCUGAUAAGCCUACCCCAAAUCCUAAACUUUGUGAGAAAAUAUCUGAGCCUGUAUCAGUGACGUCUACUAACUGGAAGGUACAGGACGAUGGACUGACUGUUGGGGAGGCGUUGCGAUGGCCAGUCCUAAAGUCUUCCACUCUCUGGUUAGAAGUUUCCCAUGAGCAGAUCUAGGAUCAGCGUACCCUGCCCCAGUCCUAAUUUUAAAUGUUAGUGUGGAAAAGAGUUGGAACAGAGCUUGGAUCAGCGUCUACAGGCAACUCCUUGUUUGAGUAAUAUGAAGUGGGUGGGCCUUCAUGAGAGGUGUUCGCAAAGUCUGCCCCAUCCAGAAGCUUCUCUCUCCAUACCCAGUCCCUCUUCCACCUCUCUCUUCCCCUCUUUUUUUGAUCCAGCCCUCACUAGCACAUGCUUCAGGAGCUCUGGAGACUCAGUCCAGUCGCCCUAGCUCGACACAGGAACCAUCAUGGCCAACUGCAGCAGUGUAUCCAGACUCGUCCUUCUGGUCCUGCUAGGCCUCUGGGUAGCCACCAUCCACUCAGAGACCGUGGAAGACCCCACGCCAACUUUACAAGGGGACAACAAGGACACACUGUCUGGUGGCGGGGCAUAUGACGUCACCACCAAAGAUCCCUUCAAGGAUAUGACGGAGAGAGUAUUAACCUUAGAGUAUGAGGACACCACCCACUCACAGGCCAUGGAUGAGGAGGAAGGUGUCCUGGGCCCGGGCGCCAUCACAGCUAUUGUCAUCGCUGUCUUCCUGGGGGCUUCAGUCCUCCUCGCCCUCAUUGUCAUCACACUCAGGAAGUUCAUCGCUUCCUAGAGCCACAACUUCCUCUUCCUCUCUUUCAAUCUCUCUCACUUUUCUUACCUCCACUUCUCUCUCUUAUUCAUCUAUCCUUAUGGUCUUUCUUGCCCAUUCUCUCUCUUUUCACUUUUGCUCAGUUUCUCUUAUACGCACACAUAUUGUGAAUGUGACAACCCUUCUAUAACCCCUGGAUGCUCUAAUAUAAUGUGGCAGGUCCCUUUGGCCUUGAAGCACAACCGACAAUGAAUUUCCUUCAGACUCUAGCUACUAUAAUCAUAUUGUUUAUGUUGACACACAUGUCCACUUGUUGCUAAAGGGUCAAUCCUAGCUUCCACUCAAGUCAAAAUUGAUUUAAGUGGAAGUUAGGAUUUGCCAAUAAGAUUACAACAGAGACGGGCAGGUUCUUCCAGUGUAUAAAAAUGCUGAUCAGGCCAUUAUUUUCGCUAACAUGGCUAUGCCCCCAUAGGAUGACAAUGCCCCCAUCCACAGGGCACAAGUGGUCACUGAGUGGUUUGAUGCGCAAACGAUGUAAACCAAAUGCCAUGGCCGUCUGUCACCAGAUGGGAUAUUCUGGAGUGGUGCUUGUGACAGCAUUUUCCACCACCAUCAACAAAACACCAAAUUAUGGAAUUUCUCAUUGAAGAAUGGCGUUGCAUCCCUCCAAUAGAGUUCCAGACACUUGUAGAAUCUGGUGCAUUGAAGCUGUUCUGGCGCAUGGUGGCCCGACGCCAUAUUAAGACACUUUACCUUGGUGUUUCCUUUAUUUUGGAAGUUACUUGUAGCUUUAAUAUUUAAGGGCUAGAUUCAAUCAGAUCCGCUUUAGCCAACAUCCGCAUAGCGGAUAGUGUCAGAGGUGGAACUGCAUUAGAGCUGUCAAACCUAGUGGCUCCAGGCAUUACACCUAAAGCAGACAUCUCCCUUGGUCACAUUAAGAGAAAUCCAAUGCAGCAAGGGUGGAUUGACAAUUCUGGCAAAUGUCAGAUGGGAUAGACCAUUUUUUUGUCUGGUGGGUUGGUCUGAAUUGACACAGACAAAAAUAUUUGUUUUAUAUAAAAAUAAAACAAUGAAAAAUGUGACAUGGCCAAAAGGCCAUGGGCCUGUCAAGAUUUCUUAAAGAUUUUUGAACAAUGUAUCUGUUAUACUAAUCUGUAAUGAGCCUUUGGCUGAUCAGUGGGCAACGGCUGGUCCCCUUACCAAGAUGGGCCACCUCGAUUUUCUGAUAGGCUGAGCUGAGAUCACGCAAACUCUCAUUGAAAGUCAAACGCGUCAUCAGCAAAGAGACCUGCGCCGAAUCUGUCAUCAGUUAGACAGCCAAGAGCAUGGAUGUAAAAAACAAAAUGGAAGGGAUGCCUUGAAACGUAUAAAGAGCACAUUCUGCAUUGUCACAUCACUCAAAACAUCCUAUUUAUUGGCCGGCUAAAGCCAUGAUUUGGUCAAACAAAAAGUGCAUUAUCCUCAUGAUUCCUGUAAUAAAUUGUCAGCACUGCCUCUGCCCUGGCUUGGGCGUGAUGCUGUGAUGAGCCAGCCACUUGGGCCUGAUGCUGUGAUGAGCCAGCCACUUGGGCCUGAUGCUGUGAUGAGCCAGCCACUUGGGCCUGAUGCUGUGAUGAGCCAGCCACUUGGGCCUGAUGCUGUGAUGAGCCAGCCACCUGGGCCUGAUGCUGUGAUGAGCCAGCCACUUGGGCCUGAUGCUGUGAUGAGCCAGCCACUUGGGCCUGAUGCUGUGAUGAGCCAGCCUCUUGGGCCUGAUGCUGUGAUGAGCCAGCCACUUGGGCCUGAUGCUGUGAUGAGCCAGCCACUUGGGCCUGAUGCUGUGAUGAGCCAGCCACAAAUUUGAACACUGGAAUGUGAACUAGAUUAGGACGCUACAAAUCCUUAUUAUUUGGUUUAGUGAUUUUUCAGUUUGGGCUUAAUUCUAUAUAGCCUAUACUUUCUGGUUCUGAACUUCUAACUCGAGUGGGCAGAUGUGGCUUCCUGACAAUGUUUGCAAGAGCAGCUGCUCACGGAUUUGAAGGCUCCAACUCAGUUCCACCUCGGACACCGCCAAAACGUAAACCUUAUUUACUUUAUUAAUGAUCUGUAGUUUACAAUUGUGUGUCCAAGUGUUUUGUCGAGCAUUGUGAUUUGUUUUUGUAGAAGUCUUUUUUUUCUGACGGUUAUGUUGUGGGUUAGAGUAUCCUGUCUCAGUUUUUGUUUGUCUUGUGGAUGAAAGGGUGUGAUGAGUGUGUCUUUGUGAAGAUUAUUCCACCAUGUUCAUUAUGUUGCAGUAAUACUGAGUGCCUUAAAAGGCAAGUGUUAUUGACAAUAGAAUGAGAAUGAAAUAAUUUACCAAAUGCAGGCUACUAUACAAAAUGCCAGAUUUAUUUCCCCAAUGCCCACAAUGUGUUACUGUUUAUUGGCAAAUAGGUGUUAAAAAGGAACGUUUGCCUAUUUACAGUGACCCAUAUUGACCCAAAGAUCUAAUAUUUUAAGAUGAACAUGCUUCAAUAAAUAAAGAUAAACAGGGGAAUUGGUUUGUUUAACCUGCAAAGCACAUUUUAACCUCUGGUCUAAAAAGACAGGACAACUGAAUGACAAUACUUUUUGAUGUGUGAUGUCACAGUAUGACCAUUUUCUGUAUUCCUCUGUGGCCUUAUACCAAACGACUAACUAAGGCUGGGAUUCAUUAAAACCCGCCAUGGAAAUGUU